ACACACACACACACACACACACACACACACACGCAUAUGCUGACAGGCCCUGAAAAUCUCUCUCCUACAAGCUGAGGGGAACAUAGACACACACACAUAGACACAGACUUGCAGAGAGCUGAGUGGGGUCGGCCUCCGGCAGGUGCCCUUUUUGGGUGCCCUUGCCUUGUUUCCUGGUCAGGGGGGAGGCUUUUUUCUGGUCACUUCCUGUCAUGCCCUCAGGUAGGAUGGUGGGAAAUCCAAAGCCUUUCUUCUGGGCCGUAACCCUAACCCUGUUGAAGACCAUCUUCAACCCUGCCCCCGCCAUCGCCGGCCUGCAUGCUGACUUCUACAGGACCUCAGACAUCUUCUGCUGCAAUGAGUCUGAGGCGGAGCUGUUGACGGGGGUGGUGGUCCGCAGCGUGGAGGAUGCCGCCAGGGCGGGGGAGGAGUUUCUGCAGCGGGGGUGUGGCUCCGUGAUCGUCACACUGGGUCCCCAGGGCUGCGUGGUGCUGACGGCGCAGGACCCCACCCCCCGGCACAUCCCUGCCAAGCCCGUCACGCCGCUGGACACCACGGUACGGUCUGCACACCCUGCCCCCUUGUAGGCGGAGUCUCAUUUCUAACCAAUCACAAAUCGCACUUUAAUGAAUACACUGAGUUAGCGAUAUUAUUGUUCCAACAGCCCUUGGAGACUCGUAAACUUAUUUAAACGGUGAAAAUCACCACUCCACCGUUAUUUCUCUUCCGUCACUCCGCUUUCUCUCUCGUCGUUUACGGGUUGACUCAUCCCGGCCGCUGCUGCAUCUUUUGUCCUUGCCGGAGUAUGAACGCGUGCAUUUCCUGUCCGCGGUCACCGGCCUCCCAGUGCUCCCAGCGCCUCCACUUACCACCAGCAGGACUUCCCUCCAGCCCUUCAUCCCUCGCCGCUGACCCACCGCCCCCACGCUUUCGUUUAUUUCAGUUUUUUUUUCCCUCUUUUCAGCGCUGAAUAUUAAUCAGCACGGACGUGUGGCGGCAGAAUUGCACUGAAUAAUUUUACACGGACAGAGAUGCGAUCGAUUGACUUUUGACUGCGACCGAGCUGGACGUCAUUUGGAGAGUCUGUCCGUGCCGUGGGCGGGGAUUUUCUUAACUCCAAGCCCUCAAGCUUCGGAGACGGGAAACUUAAUCUAUCUGUAUCCGUCCCACUCAUUGGGAUAGUACCUUUUCCACCCCGCCCCUCUUCAGGCAUGCCAGGCUCAGCAGGAACAUCACGUCUUGGACCUCCGUGGCCCGCACUUCCCUGAUUCAUCCUGGUGAUGGCGCCCUGAGUCCCGCUUCAUAACGGACAGAUCUGUCCAGGCCGUGUCAGCUGACCUGUGCUUUAGAUGAAAACCAGGUGUUUCUGAGCAGACCUGUAUCCUUGUGGGGGGGGCACUGUUUACAGCCCACACUUCCCCCCUACCCACAGGGAUUUUAGAAGCAGCUGGAGCGUGUGUGGUGUGGGGGGGGGGGAUAUGCCCCGGCCUGUGAGUCACCCCACAGCCCCGCACAGUCAGCAGAAAGAGGGCAGCCUGCGGUGGAGCCGCCGUUACCGCUCUCCUGCCCUGCUUUGAUGCGAGAUACCGCCACUGCCGUAAAUCUCGCCUUGUUUAACUUUUCUUUGGAUGCCCCGAUCCCUCUUCCAGUAAUCCCCCUAAUUACCCCCUCCCCCCUCUGUUUCCCGGACUUUCUCUCCCCCAUUUCUCGUUGGUUCUGUUUGUUUGAAAGACGGUGAAAUGUUUACGGCUGUUGUGAGCGGCACGGUCCUGUGGGCAGCCACACGGCGGCAGAAAUGCGCAUCCUCCCGGCCGCUCCGGCAGUGAGAGGCGGCGUGUGAAAGUGUGAGAGCUUCUUUUUUUUUUUUUGUUUUUUUUUCACGCAUCGCAAAGCAUUAUGGGAGAGGACCGGAGGAGGAGGUCGAGCUGGAGGCCGCGCAGUGACUCACACAGAGAAUUAGCGCCGGAUUUGCCCGGCUGUGACUCUCAUGGUCCCCUCAGGUUCUGUCCAAUCCAAUCCAGCUCACCACCAUUGGGCCUGGGGGGACGGGAGGUUGUAGGCUAUACCUCCCGGGUGCACCGGGGGGGGGGGCAGAGAAAAUGAAUGGGUCCAGCUGUCACUUCUCCACUGGAAUAUGUGCCUCCCCCCUUUGUUGUGCUUCUAAACAGCAUGCACCUCGCUGCAUUUUC